AUGUCACUUAAGGAUUUCUUUGGCAAAACAAAUGUUUCUGAAUGGAGAUGUGAAAACGUUGUCAACUACUACUGGGAAAAUGUUUCGCAAUAUGCAACUCUUAGAAGAAUUCUUUACGAUAUCAACUCAGAGCUCAAGCAGAUUAAACAAGUUGACUCUAAUACAUUGCGAGGAAGAACAGCUCGAAUGCGUCGAGAUAUGGCCAAGCUGGGACACGCUAGGUCGACCGGUCAUGAACGCAAG